CACAUAGAGCGUAUCUAUAAAGACCAUGUCUUCUGUUGACUAAGUUUAACUAAGGACGUGGCAAACAACUUUACAUUCUUAUAUUUCAUUUGCCAGAGCCAUGGCUAUUUGGUCAUAUAAAUAGACUUCAUUCCAUGUUUCUUACCAUGUAAUCAAGUUUAGAUUUCAGGUCAAUAUGCUUUGGCAGCAGACCAGUGGGCAACAAAAAGCCAAGGAGUUCUAUGCCAUUUUUGCAGAACCCUUUCAAGUUCUCACAAUCACCAUCCUCAGUAUCUUGCUUCCUCUCUCCUUUCUCCUCCUUGCUAGGCUCUCCUGUUACAGCUAUCUCUUAAGCAUCGCAGCUGAUCCUGCACAGCCACCUUCUUCUUUUCUCUUCUCUUUGUUUCUUAACUGCAAGCCAGUAAUUCUUUAUUUUCUUGUUUCGUUUGUUAGCAUAUCCACUCUUCUCCAUGGCUUGACUGGCAGAAUUACCCUUCUUAGUGAGUCACCAGGUGAAAUUUACCGACCCCGUUUGUACACUGCAUGGAUUUUACUAUGUACAUUACAACUAUGCGUUGGCUUGGGCAUUGAAGGUAGCAUAGCAGCUGAAAUUGAUGGUUACAGUUUCGAUAAUGAAAGAAGUUUGUUAAGUAGGGUUAUAUUUUUCCUGGGUUUACACGAGACUAUGCUUUAUUGGUGUAGAACCGUCGUUAAACCGGUGGUUGAUGACACAAUGUUUGGAGUGGCUAAAGAGGAAAGGUCUGUUCAAACGGUGGCUAUGGCUGUGAGCGUUGGCAUUUUGUGGUGGUGGAGGUUGAGGGAUGAGGUUGAAUCUCUGGUUAUUGCAGUCGAAUCAAGGAGGGAAAGGUUAGUGGGUAUAGGCAUGGCUGACUUGCUUGGUUGGUUGCUGUAUUAUCUCACGGUAGCCAUUGGCAUUGUAAGAGUAGUGAAAGGUGUAAUGUGGGUUAUGUUGCUUUGUAGGAGGGUGAGGGGGAAUUCUCAUCAUAACCCUUGUGGAAAUGAAGACAAGGUAUAAUAAUAAUAAUAAUAAUAAUAAUUUUUAAUUCCGCAGUUAUUAUUUUUGGCAACUACUACUUUUGAUUUGCUUAAUUUAGUAAUUAAAUUUUGCAGCUUUUAUUCAUUUUUUAAAAAAUUGUACUGUCAACAAUUAUCAAUCAACACUUACAAAGCUUUCUCUUGAAGGAAAAUAAACCAUACUUAUUUA